AUGCUCAAGAGAAUCAUCCGGACCCAACCACAAGUUUCACCUCUGGCACCUUGGAUAUCUAAACAUGAAGAAACAGAAGCAGCUCCAUCAGAACUCCCAUCUAAGAGGAUUUCCAGCACGGUGGAAAUGCAGCUGCCCGACCUUGCUCCUGAGGGCACACCUGUCACCGCGUUCCGUAUGACUAAGAAGAGAAAGAAACUCAGGAUUUCUGAAUUUGAGAGAGCAGCAGACAAACGACUUCCCCAGCACCAAGCUCAGUCAAUGUUGGACAGCACUUUGGCUCGAUCUCUUCGCAUGUCUCUUGGUUCCUUGAUCCCACCAGACACAGUUGAAAAGAGAGGCUUGCUCCGGAGGCCAAAAAAUCGCAAAGCAAUUGACGUGGAAGCUUUUGAAGGCAGAGUGGAACAGAAUGUACUGAAGAGAAAAGCACAGAACGAUCUUGUGGACUCACAACCAGCAUCUGGGAUUCAAGCAGCCACGCUGACAAGUGAUGCGGAAAUCAUGCUGAGUAACACCGAGCUCUUUGUUCAGCCUCAGUUUGAUGAACAGAGCCAAAAUAAGCUUUCUGCUCUUGGAACUCCAGCACGGAGAAGCAAGAUUUCUCAUGCAGCUCAAGAGGAAGUAAGGCUGGCGGGCCUGGUAUCCAGUGUGGGCACAAAUGAGGGAAAGACCCAAAGAUAUUCUGAGGACUUAAUCCUUGAUCAUGAGCAUGUUGACAGAAUGACUCAUGUGUCUCCAAGAACACCUGCAAACGAGCGAGAAGAUCAGCAGGAUCAUUCCCAGCAGAGCGACCCAAUGGAACAGCUUUCUGUCUCAGAAGAGGUGGUGGCUGGCACUGUUAAUAGGUCCUCUUUGCCCUCCGGAGAGUCAGGUAAACGUUUGGGAUCCUCGGUCACUCUAAAGCCCAAGAGCUCUUUCAGCAUGUCUUUGAGAGAAGUUGUGUCCCAUAUAAUUGAAGACCUAGAUGUAAGCGAUGCAGAAGAAGUGGAACAGGAGGAGAUUUUCAGAGAGGCUGCAGAGCAUCGUGGAAAUGCUGGAUAUUCUGAACAUUUGGAGAGGAAAGCAACCAAAACAGCAAAAUCUCAGAUAACCGCUGCACAGGCUGCCAGAGUCAGGACAGAAAUGGCCCCUUCAGAAGCAGAGGGAACAGCAGACGGCAGUGUUGAACAUCGAGGCUCUCCCGGCCCUGAACGUAAGCUUGCCAAAGGUGUUGGAGCUGGAAGCCUGGGUAGGCAUUCUUCUGCUUUUUCCUCCUCUGAAAAAUCUGGGAUGAAGCCAUUAAAAGCUGCUGUUGAACAAGCGGAUGAACUACAGGACCAGGCUAUCAUGUUAAACUUGGAUAGUUUGGAACAAGAGCCUACUGAGGAUGAAACUGAAGACCCUGAGAGUGCAGAGGUUUCCAUGAAGACACCUACGUUUGUCCGUGCUGCAGCCUACAAGUCGCUGCUGUCGACUCCGUGUCCUGCAAAACCUGCUGCUCCCAAGUUGUCAACUCCACAUCCUGCAAAACCUGCUACUCCCAGGUCUCCCCUGCAGCCACUGCGGGCUAAGCCGCUUCCAAAAAAUUUGGGAGCGUCACGGAGGAAAACACUUGAGCCUCAAGUAGCAAGUAGUUUGAUAAAGAAGAUAUUUAGCCAUUAUGUGAAAAUGCCAGUGGCCAGAGAUGCAUUCAAAAUUGUUGAAAAAUGCACCCAUAGAUACUUCAAGCAGCUAAGCGACGAUCUGGAGGCUUACAGCAAGCACGCAGGGAGGAAGACAGUGGAGAAGGCUGACCUGGAAGUCCUCAUGAGGAGGUAA